AUGACUGUCCGGCGUCCCUUGACUUUCCCGACCGUCCUCCGCCCGGUCCGCGCCAACGCGGUGCGACAGCCUGGACCAUUGUCACGAAGGACAAUGUCCACGCCUCCAAACCCCUCACAAGCCCCAAGACCAGCUCAAGCGAACCCUAAAGAUUCCCAGUCCCGACUACGUCGCUUCAAUGACCGACUACCACGAUUCCUUCGCACAUAUACAACCCCACUGUUGGGAGCUCCAGUCACACAUGUCACCUCCUUCCUAGUCCUACACGAAAUCACCGCGAUACUGCCACUGUUCGGGCUGGUCGCUGCGUUCCACUACGGCGCAUGGAUGCCGGAUCUCAGCUCGGAUUCGGGGGAAAGCAAUGCCUUCGACGAGGGAGCGAAGCGGUUUGGACGCUGGCUGAGGAAGAAGGGCUGGGUUGAGGAAUCCGAUGUCAAUACCGUCGCGGAGCACGAAGUAACGGGGGCUACGUAUGGCGCGCAAAAGGAACAAGCUGGAGUCCGACUGGUGCUGGAAUUCGCCACGGCGUACGCAAUUACAAAAGCUCUACUGCCCGUCCGUAUAGCAGCUAGCGUGUGGGCUACGCCGUGGUUUGCAAGAACGAUUCUUACGCCGACCACGAAUGUAGUAAAGAGGAUAUUCAGCAAGAGCUGA